AUGCUUCAGGAAUAUCUCUCUCAAGCCAGUCACACCAGUCAUGCAUCGCACGACUCAUUGUCGAGCGCCCACAGUGCCGACCACUCUGUGACUUCGACAUCGGAUGCUCAUCUGCCCGAGUUUCAUGAUAAUGUUGGGUCGAUUGAUGAGAAGCUGUCGAUGGAGUGGAAGGAGGAGAAUGAGACUGUUGUCCGAGAACCAUACGACUAUGUUGCCGGUAUUCCUGGCAAGGAGAUUCGACGACAGCUUCUGAAUGCCUUUAAUGUGUGGUAUCAGGUUGAUGAGAAGGCCAGCAAGCUCAUUGCCGAUGCAGUCACCAUGGCUCACAAUGCAUCUCUCUUAAUCGACGACAUCCAAGACAGCUCCAAACUCCGCCGCGGCAUGCCCUGCGCCCACGAAGUCUACGGCACAGCCCAAACGAUCAACUCAGCCAACUACGUCUACUUCCAAGCACAAGAGCUACUCUUUGGUCUGCGCAACUGGCCGCAGGCUGUGUCUGUCUUCAACGACGAAAUGCUCAAUCUCCACCGCGGCCAGGGCAUGGAGCUAUUCUGGCGAGACAAUCUCCUCCCCCCAUCUGAGGAGGACUAUCUGCAGAUGAUUGCAAACAAGACAGGUGGCCUUUUCAGACUGAUUAACCGGUUGCUACAGGCUGCUAGCAAACACACAGUCGAGGUUGGACAGUUGGUUGAUGUGCUGGGAUUGUAUUUUCAGAUUCUGGAUGAUUACAAGAAUAUCCGAGAGGAAAAGAUGGCCUCCCAAAAAGGCUUCUUCGAAGACCUCACCGAAGGCAAAUUCUCCUUCCCCAUCUGCCACGCCAUCUGGGCCGAAAACCCCAACAAAGACGACCUGAUCGAUAUGAUGCGCAUGAAGACGGAAGACAUGGCCGUGAAGAAACAGGCGGUGCAUAUUCUGGAGAGAUCGGGCAGUCUGGAGUACACGAAGCAAGUUCUGUAUGGGCUGGAUCGAAAGGCGCGAGAAUUGCUGGCGGAGAGUAAACGGCCGAAUGCGCAGGUGGAGGGGUUGUUGGAUUUGAUGCUGAACAGUCUGGAGCGAUGUGGAUAG